AUGGCGGUGCUGUUGUCACUCCCAAGAAAGCGAGGAAGGUCAGAAGAGCCAAAAUCACCUCAGGAAGCAAAAGUCUGCUCAGCAAACUUCAUCAAGGUUCUUGUAUUUACUGUCAGACAAGUUAGCUUCAAGCAAGGAAUGGAACUGCGAGUCACCGGUGUCCCUAAACCUAAUCCGGAUCGUUUCACAAUCAAUGUGGGUGAAUCUGAUUCCAAAAUUGCACUACACGUCAACCCUCGUUUUCAAGGCUCUGGCCCAGGUGUCAUCGUCCUGAAUGCCAUGAAGGAUGGGUCCUGGGAUACUGAAGUGAGAGAUGAAAGAAACUUUCCUUUCCAGCAGGGUGAGGAGUUUGAGGUGUCCAUCACCUUUGCCAAUGAGCAGUUUUACAUUAGCCUGCACAACGGCCACAUGCUGGAGUUCCCCAACCGCCUGGAACAGCCCCAGUACAGUAAAAUCUGGUUUAUAGCAGACGUCAGGAUCACCGGCAUAUAUCUCAAGUCAAGACCCACCAGGAGGUGCUAG